AUGGGAUAUCAAGUCGGCAACGUUUACGUAAUUGCUGCAGUGGCGGUAGUCGGAGGAUCGCUGUUUGGUUUUGAUAUCAGCUCUAUGUCUGCUAUCAUUUCCACCAAUGCUUACCUUUGCUACUUCAACCAAGGUCCUUUGUAUUGGGAUAAGGACCAGAUCUGCUCAGGUCCAUCGGCCAGUGUUCAAGGUGGUAUAACCGCUUCUAUGCCUGGUGGUUCUUGGCUAGGUGCUCUUAUCUCUGGUUAUGUAUCCGACAUCAUGGGACGAAAACAGGCAAUCCAAGUCGGUUCCGUCAUCUGGGUCAUUGGCUCUAUUAUCGUCUGCGCAUCUCAGAACAUUGGUAUGCUGGUCGCUGGCCGGUUCAUUAAUGGUCUAUCGGUUGGUAUUUUGUCGGCGCAAGUGCCUGUCUACAUCACCGAGAUUGCGCCUCCGUCGAAGCGUGGUCGACUUGUUGGAUGCCAGCAAUGGGCGAUUACUUGGGGAAUUUUGAUCAUGUUCUACAUUUCUUACGGCUGUUCAUUUAUGAACGGCACUGGUGCUUUCAGAGUACCAUGGGGACUGCAAAUGAUUCCUGCCAUCUUCCUUUUCGCUGCCAUGCUCUUCCUUCCCGAAUCUCCCAGAUGGUUAGCCAAGAAGGAUCGAUGGGAAGACGCCGUUGGUGUCCUCACUUUGGUGCAUGGUAAAGGCGAUGUCAACUCCCCGUUCGUCGCCAAGGAAAUGGCAGAGAUCCGUGAAGUCGUCGAGUUUGAGCGUGCCAACGCUGACGUCACUUACAUGGAACUGUUCAAGCCGAAGAUGAUCAACAGAACUCAUAUUGGAGUGUUUACUCAAAUCUGGUCACAACUCACUGGCAUGAACGUCAUGAUGUACUACAUCACUUACGUCUUCACGAUGGCUGGUCUAUCCAGCAACGUUCUUCUUCCCUCUUCCAUCCAGUUCAUCAUCAAUGUUGUCAUGACCGUCCCUGCUCUCUUGUACGUCGAUCGCUGGGGUCGUCGUCCCACACUCUUAGUCGGCGCUUUCCUGAUGAUGACUUGGCUGUUCAUCAACGCCGCUCUGUUCGCUCAUUACAGUGUGAAACCAAGACCAAAACAGUUCCCCUCUGCAGCGGAAUCAAUGUCCAUCACUGGUGCACCUGCAAAGGCCGUCAUCGCAUGCACUUACCUAUUCGUCGCCUCAUUCGCACCGACUUGGGGGCCAGUCUCCUGGAUCUACCCUCCAGAGCUGUACCCUCUCCGUGUCCGAGGAAAGGCAGUUGCUCUCUCGACUUCCGCUAAUUGGGCAUUCAACUUCGCUCUAGCCUACUUUGUGCCUCCCGCAUUCGCCAACAUCAGAUGGCAAGUCUACAUUAUCUUCGGUGUCUUUUGUGUAGCAAUGUUCCUCCACGUGCUCUUCCUCUUCCCGGAGACCAGCCAGAAGCCUCUUGAAGAAGUCGAAGAGAUCUUCGAUGACACCACGCCGGGCAGCAUCAAGUACAUCGGUACACCGGCCUGGAAGACCCAUGUUGAUACUCGCACAGGACGCAUUGAGAGGGGUGAGAUGGACUCGGAGAAGUUUCACAGACAUGGCAGUCACGAGGAGCACCACCCUUCUGCAGCUGGAGCUGACGUGCCGAGGGCUGAGGUCACGAAUAAGGAGGUGCCUGCUGCUAAUUAA